AGAGCAGAGACACAAUCCAACCCAACCCAACGCAACCCGUCGGACCACGUAUCGGUACGUAGUUUCCGACCGCACCACCGAUCGGCUCUUCGAUUGCAAGCCCCGUGCCAUUGCAUUGCACCCUAGUGUAGCACGCCUCGCCAAGGACAGAGUUUUGCCGGACCCCGAGAGGCGAGACAGAACGAGUGAACGAACGAGCGAAACAAAGAAAGAAUCAAUCAAACAAAGAAAGAAUCAAUCAAACAAAGAACCAAGCAAAUCUACGGCGAACGACGAACGAACGAACGAUGCCAUCCACCGCCGCGUUCCUGAGGGGAGCCGGGGCCCUGCUGGUGGUCCACGCCGCCUACAGCUGCAUGCACUUUCGAUCCCUCCUCCAGGACCUGGACCUCCUGGCCGGCGCCGGCGCCGCUGCCCCCCCGGACCAAAAAACGGAGGAGGCUUCUGCGGUGGCGGGCGCGGCGGCGGCGGCGAUGAUCCCGCCCCCCGACGUCGUUUUCGAGCUGGCCCUGGCGCUCUGCCUGCUGCUGGCCGGGGAGCUCCUGGGCAUGGGCCCCCUGCAGCCCAUCGAGCUGAGCGCGGGCGGGAGGCGCAGGCCGCUCGUGGCGCCGGCCCACCGGACGCGGGACUUUGACGUCUAUAGCAACCGGUCCAAGAUGCUGCUGCGCAAGGCGGAAUAGGCGGCGGUGGGCUUUUUCGGUGGUGCCGUUGGGCGAACAAAGACGAACGAACGAACGAACGAACGAAGCAAGCGGGCAAGCCAUCGGGAUGGCAUCGAUCGAAGAUUGCUGUUGUGGGCACCGUCUUUUGUUCGGAGAACCUUCCGCAGCGUGGAGACGACGAAUGGGUUCCUUCCGUCCGAAACAACACGCUUGUGGCGCUCGGUCCGGUCGGUCUAUAGCGAGUACGUACGUACUGUAACCACUAGGGAUAAUUCCGUUUUUUGCUCGGCUUGCGUGCCAAACACCGGUCUGCCGCCGUGGCAGGUCGGAUGCGUUUCGUUUCGUUUCGAAUGGGUCGCGAGAGUUAUAAAAAGCAGUGUUACUAGUAGUUAUUGGCUUGCCAUCGACGCGGGCUGCGUUUCGAUCGCAUCGCGAACCAUGCACGGGUCGUGUCGUUCCGUUCUCGCCGUGCCAUAGGGAUUUGUCGCAACAUAGAAUAGAAUAUAACAUACAAU